CUUUUGGAAUUGGAAGUUUUGUGCUGUUUCAUCUUACAGUUCAAUAAAUAUAAUUUCCUUAAACUGGUUAAACUUUGCGAUUAUAUUUCAAAAUGAGUUCAAUUGGAACCGGGUAUGAUCUGUCCGCAUCUCAAUUCUCUCCUGACGGACGAGUGUUCCAGAUUGAGUACGCCGCGAAAUCAGUGGAAAACAGUGGAACGGUGAUCGGACUUCGCGGAAAGGAUGGCGUUAUAUUGGCCGUGGAAAAGCUCAUUACCAGCAAAUUGUAUGAACCGGACUCUGGCACUCGGAUUUUUACAAUUGAUACUUCGAUUGGAAUGGCAAUAAGUGGAAUGAUUGCUGAUGGUCGGGCUGUGGUAGACCUUGCGCGGCAAGAGGCCGCAAAUUAUCGCCAACAAUAUGACAAACCCAUUCCUCUGAAGCAAUUGAAUGAUCGAUUGGCCAGCUAUUUCCACGCUUACACAUUGUACAGUGCGGUACGUCCCUUUGGAGUUAGUGUAAUUCUGGCUUCUUGGACUGAGGAAACCGGUCCCGAAAUGUACAUGAUUGAUCCAUCAGGAUUUUCGUGCGGUUACUUUGGAUGUGCGGUUGGCAAAGCUAAGCAAACAGCAAAAACGGAAAUUGAAAAACUAAAACUUGCAGAUAUGUCUGUAAAUGAUUUGAUUACCACCUCGGGAAAAAUUAUCUAUCAAGUGCACGAUGAACUGAAAGACAAGGACUUCAAGUUGGAGUUGAGUUGGGUGUGCCAGGCAUCGGAAGGAAAGCAUCAGCUGGUGCCGGAUGAACUGUACGCUGCGGCAACUAGAGCUGGACAGGAAGCAGUCGAUGAGGACGAUAGUGAUAAUGAUAUUUAAGUUAGUGUCGCUGGAACUUAUGUCGAUUAUCGUUUCACAUAUUAAAAAAUAAUCAGUUUAAAAUUUACGGAUAUAUCAAAUUUAUGGGAUAUUUGAAAGCUUUUUUUUUAUUUGUGCAGGACUGGCUUCUAGUUUUUAACUACUGACAAAAUAGGCAUGAAACAAAUUCUUUUCAGUA